AACAUGAAGGCGACCCGCGCCAAACACGACUUACUGCGCGUGUGCGUGCUGUCCUGUUUCGUCUUCCUGUUGUUCUGCGCAUGCACCUGCGGAGCGGCGGCCGGGCGGAAAAAAAUGGCCUCCCAGCAGCGCGCGCUGACGCGCAGCCGCAGGAGUCACCAGAGCGGCGCGAGGCACAAGGGCGCGCACUCCCACGGCAGCAGCAGCCACCACCGGCCGCUGACGGACGAGCAGAAGGCGGACCAGAACCUGCAGUUCAUGUUGAGCUUGUACCGGAGCGCCGCGGAGCCGGACGGCACGCCCAAACAGAACCGGAAGUUCGGCUCCAACACGGUGCGGCUGCUGAGGCCGUCCGCGUCGUCCGUGCGCCACCUGCCGGCCUCGAGAGGCCACCACUACAGAUUCACAGUGCAGUACAACCUGGACACUGUUCCCUCAGAGCAGCUGAUCAGAGCCUCCUUCAUCCACCUCCGCUCCUCCUCCUCUUCCUCCUCUUCCUCCUCCUCCUCCGCCCGCUGCAGGGCUCAGAUCACCUCCCUGGGCAAAGCGAGCCUGGUCACCCUCGAGCCCCACGAGCGGUGGACAGAGACGGACAUCACCGCCCACGUCCAGCGGGGGGAGAGCCGCGGCCCCGGUCGGCACCUGACUCUCACGGCCCAGUACUGGUGCACGGAGCCCCAGCACGCCGAGGAGGAGGACGGCGGUCUCUCGGGGUGGUGGUUCCGAAAAAAGCGGAGGAGGGAACCUCACCUGGAGGUGCCGUCUCUCCUCCUGUACCUGGAGGAUGAGCGGGAGGUGCAGGACUGGAUGCGGGGCUUGCUCGGGGCGGAGGGGGGAAACGCCACGAUGCGACUCGGGCCGUGGCACCCUUCCCUCCACCACCGCCACCGCCGCUCCAAAGACCUUUCCCCUUCGGACGCGUCGCUGGACGUCCUGAAGAACGCCGCCGCCGCCGCCUCCUCCUCCUCCUCCUCUUUCUCCACCUCCGCCGUGUCCUCCAUCAUCUCCGACAUCCCCGACAUCAAGCGCAAGACGGGCGCGCCCAAGAACCACUGCAAGCUCCACUCGUUCCUCCUCUCCUUCGACGCGCUCGGGUGGGGCAACUACUUCAUCGCGCCGCCGGUGUACAACCCGCGCUUCUGCCAGGGCAGCUGCCCCCCGGUGCUCACGUACGGCUUGCACUCCCCCAACCACGCCAUCAUCCAGACGAUGCUCAACGAGCUGGGCGUCGGGGACGUCCCGGCGCCGUCCUGCGUGCCUUACAAGUACAUCCCCAUGAACGUGCUGGUGGUGCACAAGAAGAAGGUGGAGUACAGGUGGCUGGAGGACAUGGUGGCCGAGUCGUGCACGUGUCGCUGA